AUGGGGAUCUCAUCCUCCUCUUGCUCUUCCUCAACCUCCUCCAUUGGUUCAUCUUGGUUCUCUUGCUCACUUCUCAACCAAUUGAUUCACCUCUUCUCCUUCCUCUUCACUCUCAGUCUCAUCACUUCCUUCUUCACUUGGAGAACCAUUUCCCUCCUCUUGAACAAGGUUCACUCCAAUCUCAAACUCCCCUUGCUCACUCUCACUACUAAUGGGUCAUUCCUCUUCUUGGUCCUCCUUUCUUCCCUCAAUCUCUCACUCUCAGACUGUCUCCUCAGAGUAUACAUAUCCCUCUGCAUCAGACUCUUCCAUCCUCUGAUCAUCCUCUCAAAUCGGCUUGCAUCUUAA